UCUCUCACGUUACGGUAAUGGCCGUUACGUCAUAGUCGUAAAACCAUCGCUACACCCUGCUUUACGACCAACAAAACAAACGCGAAAGAAACGCUCGUUUUAUGGUUUUAAUUCACACAUUCUGUGCGUCGCCACCCUCCUAGAAGAUGUACACAACCAAACCCUCCACUGCUGCACAAUACAACUGAUUAUGGUUCAUAGUGCGAAGGGGGAAACAAGCUUCAUGAAGUCGGGUGUGGACGCAUCCAUAUGCUCUCAGAGCUGCAGUAGUGCGCAUGCGCAGAAGAUGCAUUUUGCUGCGGUCACCUGCUGCUCGGCCUGCAGACUCGACCUACAGCCGUGGCCCGGUUACCUUGCAGACAAAAACCUACAGUACUCCACCUGUGUAGGGACACAACAACGUGAGGCGUGAACGGCAGGGUAUAUACAUUUCAAAAGAGGGUGGUGCUGAUGUGAAGCUGGAGGAACAGUCUGUGGAGCACUGAGCCACCCAUGGCUGUUAGCACCAUGGACUCUGAGUCAACCCGGACACCUCAGCCUCAGGCUGCCCUGACUAAAGGAGGCCGCUCCCUGCUGCCUGCUGGAGCUCUGAGUGCCAAGCUGGGCACUCAAGGGAAGCACUAUUUCUGCGGCUCCGUUGCAGCUUUUACCAACAUUGUGGUGACUUUCCCCAUCCAGAAGGUGCUGUUCCGCCAGCAACUGCACGGUGUGUUGGCCACCGAGGCGGUGCGGCAGCUCCAGAGGGAUGGGCUGAGGAAUCUUUACCGGGGCCUGCUGCCCCCGCUGCUCCAGAAGACCACUACAGUGGCCAUCAUGUUUGGCCUGUACCAGGACUUCUCUAGGGUCUUACUUGACUGUGCCGAAGGCAGCGGUGUGCCGGAGUUGGUCACCCGAAGCUUUGCUGCAGCAUUGGCAGGAACAACAGAGGCCAUCCUGACGCCAUUUGAGCGCGUGCAGACUCUUCUACAAGACCAUAGGCACCACGGGCGCUUCAACAACACAGCCCACACCUUCCGGACACUUCUGACUGAGUACGGUGUCAGAGAGUGCUACCGCGGCCUGGUGCCCAUACUUAUCCGUAACGGCCCUAGCAAUGUGCUCUUCUUCGGUCUACGCGGGCCCAUUAAGGAGCAGCUCCCAGAAGUCACUAGCCGGGCGGGUCACAUGGUUAUUGAUUUUGUAUGUGGGGGGUUGCUGGGGGCAGCCCUUGGCAUCAUGUUCUAUCCAUUAAAUGUGGUUAAGUCUCGGGCCCAGUCUCAGGUCGGUGGAGCCUUCCAGCCUUGCAGGGAGGUGCUGCUAACAGUUUGGAGAGAAAGGGGUGGCAGUGUGGCCAUGCUCUUCAGAGGGGCCCACCUCAACUACCACCGUUCACUCCUCUCCUGGGGAAUCAUCAAUGCCACCUAUGAACUGCUUCUGAAGCUCAUGUAAAAGAGGGAAAUUGGAGAUAACAAUUAUUGAAAUGUAGAGAGGAAAGAAAGCAUUUAAAGGGGAAAAACCUGUAUGGAGUGAUGGAGCCCGUUUGUUAAUGCGAAAGGAAAUCGUAAAGUAAAGCCAGUGUACUUGCUGUCUGGCAAUAUUUUUUUGGGGACACUGGAGUUUCCAUGACUGAAAGACAGCAGUGAAAUUGCACUUCUGACAGGGUCCAACAGUCAGUGUGAGAUAACCCACCUGCCACAUGCCAUGACUAUUUACUGUUCAAACUAUUAUGAACAAGACCGCGCUUUAGCCUUCAAAAAACGUUUGCCAGGGUCCAAUUGAAAUGCCCUUUGUUUGCUCUCUGUACAAAAAUGUUUUGGAGCAAACUAAACUCCAGCGCUUUUUUCCCACCGUUUCAAGCAAAGGUUACUUGGCUGGAUUAACUGUUUCUUCGUAUGUGCUGUGGUGUUUUGUAGACAACAUCCGUCUGUUCGUUUGACCAAGAGCAUUUCCUCUGUGAGGCUGCAUUCUGCCACCUGACUUAAACACUUUUCUACUUUUGACUAUUGAAAUUAUCAAGGAGAGUGGAAUAAAUUGACUGUUGGCCGGUUUGUUUCUCUUUAUGCUCCAUCACCACCAGUUCGGCCUUUAUGUUUAUGAGAACAAUGAUAAUACUUUAGAAAUUGUUGAAAUGAAUAUCAGUGAUGAUCUUGGAAAAGCUGCCUAGCAGACACGCGCAGGCUGUUUUCAACAGUUUCUCCUUUCACACAUGAUUCAUCUUUGCCAGUUGGAGCUGACAUUUUUUGUCAAGCACUAUUUGUCAUGGUUUGUUUUAUGAAAUGCUACUGACGUGCUUUUUGAGUUUUUUUUUGGUGCCCAUUGAUUUCAGUCAAGCAUAAAGUUAGACCCAGAUCUUUUUUUUUUUUAUAUAUAUAUAUAUAUAUAUAUAUAUAUAUAUAUAUAAUUUAUUGGAAAAGAGAAAAAUAUUUUUUAAUUCAAUCAACAAAUAAUCCAACAGAAAACAUUUGCUUUUUGUUUAAGAUAUUUUUUAAGAAAACAUUUACCAUUGCUGCAUUUGUUUAUUUUUGGGAUAUUGUUCAUUCAUUGGCUGUAAAACUAAGUGCUUCUCAGUGUUUGUUUCCUUUUUAUGAACUUUAAUAUCACUUGUUUUAUACAUGUAAUCUCCCUCUACUCACACUUUAUAUUUCCUUCUCUCACGCUUGCUCUCCUCUCUGUCUGUAACAUCUGUUGACAUAAUGGGCUCGGAUUUCAAGCUUGAGUAGAUACUGUCACCACGCAGCAGCUCUUGCUGGGUACGACAGCCCGAAGAGGAAAGGCAUGCUGCCUGGACACACAGAGAGCGAGAGAGAGAGAGAGAGAGAGAGAGACUGAGCAGUAAUGGUGCUGAGACGGGGGCAGAGGGUAAUGUUCAGUGGCACAAAAAGCUCAAGCUGCCAUGUAAAUGUAUCACUUGGCCUAUUUCUCCGAUUCUUUUCGUUUUGAUUAUCCGCCGUGUGCAGUUUCCUGAGCAUCUUUUCAAGAUCUUCCAGGGUUUCCUUUUCGAAAGUAAGAGUGGGACACCCUCGCUUGCAUUAAAUCAUGCUGUUUUAUAAUUUCCACUUUUCCUGAAGCACAAGUCGCCAAAUCAUUAUGAAAAUGUCAAAUUAAUAAUUGCAACCAAAUUAAAUGUUUCAAAAUCAAUCUAUUAAACACGUUGACAGUGAUUAAGUCUGUUAUGUGGGUGUUUAAAGGGAAAAAUGUGUCAA